UGAGAAUUCCUUUCAAAAAAACAUACAACAAAAAUAAUCAGAAAUUCCGCUGCGAAAUUGCGACCCAUAGGAAGUCCAAACUCUACCAAACAAAUGAAAUCAUGAAAUAAAAUUAAUUAAAAUCGAAACCAAACAAAAUAUAGUCUUCAACAUUUCCGCCUGGUAGUUUUCCAGUUACUGCAUUUAUGUAGCAUCGUCAUUUACGACACUCUCUUCACUCUCUUUUCUCCACCACCGUCAAUCUCUCUUCUUUUUUUUUCUCUCUCCUCUACGCCGGAUAAUAUGGCGAUAAAGUCGUUCAUUGAAGUGUCGCCGGAAUCCGACUUCCCUAUCCAGAACCUUCCUUACGGCGUUUUCAAGCCUGAAACCGGUUCGCUUCCUCGACCGGGUGUUGCAAUCGGCGACUUUGUUCUUGACCUUUCUGAAGUUUCUUCCGCCGGUCUAUUUUCCGGUCCACUUCUCAAUGGUUCCGACUGCUUCAAUCAGCCUACACUCAAUAAAUUUUUGGCAAUGGGACGGCCUUCAUGGAAGGAAGCACGUGCCACCAUUCAGAAGCUACUAUCAGAAAGCGAGCCAAUAUUGCGGGACAAUGCUAGUCUGAGGCAGAAAGCACUCAUUCCUAUGAGCAAGGUUGGGAUGCUUGUCCCUAUGACCAUUGGGGACUACACGGACUUUUUCUCAUCCAAGCAUCAUGCAAGGAAUUGUGGGCUCAUAUUCCGUGGCCCAGAGAAUGCCAUUAAUUUGAAUUGGUACUAUCUUCCUAUUGCGUAUCAUGGGCGUGCAUCUUCUGUUGUCAUCUCUGGAACUGAUAUAGUGAGACCAAGGGGGCAGGGACCUCCAGCUCCUAAUUCUCCACCCCCUUACUUUGGACCUUCGCGCAAGUUAGAUUUUGAACUAGAAAUGGCUGCUGUGGUUGGUCCAGGAAACGAAUUGGGGAAACCUAUUGAUGUCAAUAAUGCUUCUGAUCACAUCUUUGGGCUUGUGCUGAUGAAUGACUGGAGUGCUAGAGAUAUUCAGGGGUGGGAAUACGUGCCUCUUGGACCUUUCCUGGGAAAGAGUUUUGGUACAACAAUCUCACCAUGGAUUGUAACUCUGGAUGCUCUGGAACCUUUUGCUUGUGGUGUCCCAGAACAGGAUCCUCCUCCAUUGCCAUAUUUGGCUGAGAAGACGUCGAAAAACUAUGAUAUACAGUUGGAGGUUCAACUCAAACCUGCUGGGCAGGAGCCUUGUGUAGUGACAAAGAGCAACUUUAACCAUUUGUACUGGACGGUUACGCAACAACUUGCUCAUCAUACAAUCAAUGGUUGCAAUUUAAGGCCUGGUGAUCUCCUUGGGACCGGGACAAUCAGUGGUCCUGAACCUGACUCUCUUGGAUGUUUGUUGGAGAAAACUUGGAAUGGACAAAAGCCACUUUCUUUGAAUGGAACAUCUAGGACAUUCCUAGAAGACGGAGAUGAGGUCAUUUUUACUGGUGUUUGCAAGGGAAAUGGUUACAACAUUGGAUUUGGAACUUGCUCAGGGAAGAUUUUGCCAUCUCUCUAAGACACUGUUGUAAAUAGUACUAGUGACCGUGUAAUCGAAAUAUGUCCUUUAUGGUCGAACUUUCAGCACUGCGUUUGAAACUGGACAUUCUUUCUAUCAGGCUGAUAACAUGAUUAGAUGUCAUAAUCUGUAUGCACAUAUAUACAUAUCUGUGUAUUUGUAUUAUUAUCA